ACUGUAACAGAAAAAACAUCACCAUCAGCAUCAAUGACAGCAACAGGUGGUGAAGUCUCAGCGCAUGAAACGGAUGUAACAAGAUAUGGUACAGAUAGAACUGGGUCCAGUUCAAGUGGAACAACACCUUCAGCCACAACAGAAAUGCCAACGACGGCUUCUGUGAUAUCGACCGAUAUCUUCACGAUAGUACUGCCUAAAACGGAUGACGGCACCUCAGUGGCAAUCCCUAUUAGCGGAAACAUACCUGUAUACGGAACUAGAUACAAGCAGAUUCACGUGAGCGUGAACGGACUCGUUUCCCUAGGUAACAACUACGUCGGGUACAAUCCUCGUCAUCUGCCGAUCGGAAGUAACGACACAGUUUUAUUUGCUCCAUUUUGGACUGACUUUGACAUUCGGAACACUUCAGAAUCUUCAGUGUUCGCUACUGUAUACCAAAAUGUCAAAAAUACCACCAACAUAACCCAAGAAUGGCGGCAAUAUUUGGAACCUGACUUCAAUCCCACAUGGGCGUUGGACGUACAUUGGGAACAGGUGUGUCCGUUUCCGGCUCAGAUAUACGAUGGGAAAGAAAACACAACAUUCCGGUUAGUUUUGCUCACCGAUGGAGACCGGUCCUUGGUUGCGUUCGACUACGACAAAAACAAAGCCUUACCCUACAGUUUGACGAGGUCACCAAUCAUUGGCCUCUAUUUCGGCUCGGCCGGGUACAGCUCGUUCUUCAACAAAACCGGGACACCAGAGGCCGUGGAUGUGUCCUCAGCCAUGGGGAACAUAGGGCGGAUCGGUAAAUGGUUGUUCAAACUAUAUAACAAGAAUGACGUGAGCAACGCCACAGCCAUUUGCCGUGAUUGGUUGCUGCAGGAAUCACGUGAUGAAGUGACAAGUCCUUUUCCGGCAUGUCCAUGCUCGACGUCUCAAAUAUUUGCCGAUCUCAAUUUUCAAUUCGAUAACGUCACAUACUGCGCUGAUCUUAUGACUCCGACAACAAAAGGAUACGGACUGCACUGCUGCUACAAUCCUACCGACACACCUGUCAGGGGAUCGUUGUUGACAGGGUCACGUGGUCCGAGUGCAUUUUAUCGGUAUCACCCAGAGAUGUAUGCCGCCCUACAUCAAUCACGUGAUAUAGACGCACGUGACGCAUGUUGUACAGACGAUAUAACAUGCAAACAAUAUUUCUCACGACGUAUUGUUUCCUCGUGUUCAAGCUACAAACCUCCCAUUAUCGCUGUGGCUUUCGGAUCUCCUAACCUGCAAACGUUUGACGAAUUGGAAUACACGUUCAGCGGAAAUGAGGAGUAUUUAAUGGCGGAAACGGACACUGGAUCGGCUCUAUAUGGCACAAUGGAGCCGAUCUGGAUAGGUGAUGAUCCAAACAAGCCAAACAACAGCCUGACAGCUUUCACGACUUUCACUUUCGUCGGUACCACCAACGUAACCGUGUCACAAAACGACAAACGGACAGGUAUCGAGCUUACAGUAGCAGGCAAAUCUUUGACCAGCAGCUUUCAACAUAACUCCAAUUUUCGAAAGACGUACCAAAAUAUGACCGUCUACAAGAACCGCGAUGACUGUGUCGUCCUUGUACAAACGCCAGGCUUUUCGACAACAUUCUGUGAAGCGAAAGGGUCAAUUUCCGCCAUGGUCGUCACACCUCCUGAGGCUGUUCGAAACACUAGGGGGUUGCUAGGAACAGCCAACAGCAACAAAUCAGACGAUCUAGGCAUACGCGGUAGAACUGUCGAACCACUUCCGUUAACUUCUACAGACAGGGAAAUAUACUCCCAGAUGACAAGUUGGAGUGUUUCACCGGAUACCAAUAUUUCCUCAUCUCAAAACGGGUCUUCAAACGCAACGGAUGUCACGCCACUUUUCCUAGACGAGAUUUACCCUAACGUCUAUAACGACGUUAACGCCACGGAUUACGUAGCGUGCUUACUCACCGACACAGUGGUAUCUAAAGCCUGUCUGUACAACAGGAUUGUUCUGCAGGAUGACGUCACGGCAAAUAAAACCCGGACCGUAGCAGAUACGAUUAUGAACCAAAAGGAGGUUUUACAGACUCAGAUUCCUCCACUGGAGACGAGCCAAAGCCGGAUUUUGAACGUCACUGUGGGUACACCGAUGUCACUGUACCUAAAGCACGUUCCAAGUGUGACCGCUUCCUGUAACUCCGACAUCACUGCCACCUGUAUAGACAACAGUACAGGUGUGAUGUUUACCUGGACCCCUGUCUCUCUAGAUACAGUACACCUAAGCUUUGCUGUAGAAGACAUCAAACUUGGACUAGCGUCUGAGACUGUGGAGUACGAGAUACAGAUUUGUGACUGUAGUGGGCACGGCGCCUGUAGGUUUGACAGACUUCUCAGCCAAUCUCACCCAUCAGACAACUUCCGCCUGGCUUCGUGUGACUGUGACAUUGGAUGGACAGGAUCUCAUUGUGAACUCGAUUUUGACGGCUGCCAGGGAGCUCCAUGUAGCAGCUGGGGUGCGAACUGCACCGACCUGAUCCCAGCGGAGCAACAGAAACAGAAACACCCAUACAAAUGCAGCGAGUGUCCCUCUGGAUAUAGAAGGAUAGGGAUCGGCUGUUUCGACAUAGAUGAAUGCUAUGAAAACGCCAGCCUCUGUGAUAAUGAGCCGGGCAUCUGUUUUAAUACUAACGGAAAUUACACGUGCCGUUGCCCACGUGAGAGUACGUGGAAUGGAUCCUUAUGCAUUUCUCAUCCAGAACAGUCAACAACCGUCCCAGAAUCCAGCACUGUACAGAGUCCAGUGGAUCUGUGUGGAUAUUAUAACGAAACACACAAGUGUCAGAACAAUGGCACCUGUCAGCUCCAGAACACGAACGACUCCAUUUGUGUGUGUACAUCCGGUUACCAUGGCGACCAGUGCCAGCUACCCAAUGUAGCGAGCCCCAGGGACGGUGACUGGGUCGUCGAGAUCCUCCUACCAGCGGCUGCAGCCGUGGCAAUCGCGAUUGCUACAUUAUGCUGUAUACUGGCAGUAGUACGCAGACGCAAGAAACGAGGUCUAGACGAGGAGUCUGAUCAGGAUAGUUACGGGAUACGAGGAUCGUACGCCGUUCCUUCGUCAAUAUUCCUACCUAGGUUUAACACUAAUUGGCGCCAAUUUUAUGGCUCGCCUAGUACAUGGAAUGACACAGCACCAACAGUUCACAGGGAACGCCCUCUACAGUUCCCUAUCACCUACCCUUACGACAACGAGACCAACUCCAGCAGACCAGCGAAUUCUUUCGACGAUCAGAGUUUAGAUACGACCCCUGAGUGGUGUAACAAUAUUCUACUACAGGAAGAGGAGUUCAACAUCGGGAGACCGAUCUACAAGACCGAGAGAAUUUACCCUCAUCUCGACGACAGCUAUUGAGGACGAGAAUAAGAAGAGAGGCGACUCAAUCGACCUGCGACACGUCCCACUUCUCAAGAUAUAUUAGAAUUAAGUUGGGAUAUUCAUGGAACUUUCUAGAGAAAACACUGGGACUUAUACUGGAAUCUAUAGAAAUAAUUCCUGGACAUAUACUGAAAUCUCUUGAGAUAGUGAUGGGACAUACAUGAAUAACUCUUGAGAUAAUGAUGAAACAUACAAAGAAAUCUCUUCAUGAUGAUUGAACAUACACGGAAAUCUCUUGAGAUGAUGAUCGGACAUAUACGGAAACCUCUAGAGAUAUUCUAUAGAAUCUCUGUAGAUAAUUGUGAGACAUCCACGAGCUAUCUGGAGAUAUUACAGUGAUAUAUUCAGAACAGCAAGAUACGUAUACAAAUACAAUAUUAUUGAAACUUAUGUUUGUUACAUUAUCAGUUAAUGUAACAAAUUCAUAUAUGUCACUGUAGUUUUUUAUACGUGUUCUGAAUUUCGCGAUCUAUGCAUCUAGAUUGUUUUGCCUAAUAUUUGAAUUCGCGAUAGAUAGAUAAAUAAACGAUAUAGUCAACUCGCGUAAUAGGGAGAAAAGUGAACCUUUCGCUAAAAUAAGGUGACUUACAACAUGACGUCAGUUAAUCUUACACAUUUACCAUUACAAUAAGAUAAAAUAUUUAUAUAUGUUAUAUUGAUCUGUUAAUAUAUGGGCUACAAUAGUUCAUAAAUUAAGCUUGGCAUUGUUGAACUGACAUUCCAGAAAUUAAUAUCUAAUUUUUACAAAGAGUUGUUAUUUAACUGCUGACAUUUACUUAAGUGUUCAUUUACCUGUUGUGAUGUCAUAAAAGAUACCAAUGGGUUACCUUUCAUUACCAUAUCAUAUACGUUGAGGUAACAAAAAAAAUCAUUAAUCAUUAAUGCUGUCGGAAAGACGUUCAACUUUACUGUUAUAAAACAUUGAGUUGGUGAUACGCCUAGCGCUUUCAUAGAUAGGCAAACACUGUGGAGAGAGUGAACGUUUUUCGUUCUUUAUAUAUCGUUAAUUAUUUUUGAGUGUGAAAUACAACAGUUUAUAAUAAUAUAUAA